AAUGAAGCCAUAGGCAGUUCCCUAAUCAGUAGCAUAAAGUGAUCAUGAAUUGGAUAAACAUCAUCAUGAAAGUUAAGCAGAUGAACAUGGAGAUGAACAUCACUUUAAAGAAUAUUCACCAAAGGAACUUCAAAGUAUAAAAAUUCAAGGUGCUGUUUGUAUAAUUGGUGGUAUUGCUCUUCACUUUGUUCUUGGUACAUUUUAUCUUUGGGGGGGCAUAAGUAACAUAAUUUUAUUAAUAUAAGGUCCUUAUGUUGGUGCCUACAUGAAGAAUAGGGAUCCAAAUGUCACAUAAUCAACACUCUAAAUUGUGUUUCCAAUUUUAGGAAUAGCCACAAAUUCUGUUCUUUCCUUUGGAGUUAAGUUAGCACAAAGAAUAGGAUUUAAAACUAUGAUAGCUGGAGCUGGAUUCUUGAUUUCCCUCGCAUUUUUAAUACUGUCCUUCAUUAAUAAUAUUUAUGGAUUCAUAUUGAUAUAUUGUUUUAUGAUAGGUAUACCUUCAGGACUAGUUUAUAUGUUGCCAAUUAGUAAUUAUUUUAUAUAAUUUUAGUUUGUGGAUGGAAAUAUUUCCCAUUCAAUAGAGGAAUGGUUUCUGGAUUGAUUAUUGCUGGUUAUGGAUUUGGAGCAUUUACAUUUAACUUUAUAUGCAAAGCUAUAUGUAAUCCAAAUAAUGAAGAACCAGAGAUUCCUUUUACAGAAGAUGGAAAAACAAAAAAGUAUUUUUCAAAGGAUGUUUUUGAUAAUGUUCCUUUUAUGUUCUAGAUGUUAGCAUUGUAAAAAUAUAUUAUGAAUUGUAUUUUAGAUCAUAUUUCCUUUUAACAAUAAUUGCAACUCUAUUAGUAAAAUAUCCAAGAGAUUUGAAUUUAGAAUAUUAAUAAGUUUUAGGAGAAGGAAAUAAGAAACCAAGUGGAAUUAAUCAUGAAAAAUCAGUAGAUUAUCAUCCAACUGUUAUGCAUGCUGAAUGUGAAACUCUUGCUUAAGGUAUGAAAUCAAAACCAUUUUGGUUUUUAAUAUUUAUGGUGUUAUGUUCAAUUAUUUUUGGAAUGUUAUUAGCUAAUUGCUAUAAAGUAUUUGGAUAAACUGUAUUUAUUAUUAAUAUAUAUGUAUAUAGUUAGGUAUUGAUGAUGCAAAAUUAACAGUACUUGGUUCAGUUUAAGCUGUAUGUAAUGGUGGUUCAAGAUUUGGAUGGGCAGUUUUGUUUGAUAAAAUUGGUUUCAAAAAAGUUUAUUUGAUCAUAGCAGUGAUUAACUUAAUUUGUACUGCCACUAUUGGUUAUAUUGAUAAUAGUUAUGUUGGCUAUUUCAUUAUAUUAUGUGUAACAAUGUGUUGUGAAGGAGGAUUAUUCUCUUGUUAUCCUGCUGUAAGUGCAAAAAUAUUUGGACAUAAAGUAAGAUGAUUAAUUAAAUAUUAAAAGGUGGGACCCAUUAUUUAUGGUGGUUUAUUCUUUGUUAUUGGUUUAUCAAAUAUGUUAGGAUAUUUAUUGUACAAAUUUGGAGAACCUAAAAUAGGUUAUGGUGGAGUAUUUUGGAUUGUCUUUGGAUUUUGUUGUGUUGCAUUUAUUUUAGGAAUAUUCUUUAAAGAAGAACAUGAUUGGAAAAAAAAAUGAA